AUGGAAGUGUUUACCGGCGACCAUGGGCUACCAAGCGACGUCGUCCUCUACCCUGAUACACACUUAUCUCCAUUCACUCUACCUAACGCCGAUACCUUCUCCGAUCAGCAUAAAAUCCCAACCGACCACCACCAUUUUCUUCCUCCGCAGCCGCCGCAAAAGCUCCGUCCAAUAAGGUGCAACGGACGAAGUUUUUCGGAGUGUUGUUCGUCAGAUGAUCCCCUUGAUGUGAAACCGCUGAGCUGGCCGCCGGAGACUGGGUUCUAUAAUACAGAAACUGACGAUAGUGGUUUCGUUCCGCCAAAGGCUUCUACUUUAGGUUUAUCGUUUGAAGAAUGUCAAACUGAAGCUGCAUUAAGUUCUUCAUCAGAUGAAGGCACCAAACUGCAAGAAGCCAUCAAGGAACCCAUAACCAAGAAGAGGAAAAGGAAGUCCAGAAAGAAGUUGGAGUUGUUUAUCGAAAGCAUGAUGAAGACAGUAAUGGAAAAGCAGGAAGAGAUGCAUAAACAGUUAAUAGAGAUUUUAGAUAAGAAGGAAAGCGAGAGAAUCAUGCGAGAAGAAGCAUGGAAGCAACAGGAAAUCGAAAGAGCAAAACGGGAUGAAAAAGCAAGAGCCCAAGAGAUAUCUCGCAGUCUAUCCCUCAUUUCCUUCAUUCAGAACUCAUUAGGCCAAGAAAUCCAAAUCCCCAAUCCUUUCAAUGCUUCAAACCCCAACAAACAAGAUGAGAAUCAAAACGAGGAAAGCUUCAAAUGUGACACAGGAAAUGAUAACAAUGAAGAAUCUGAAUGCGAUUCGAAUAUCAGGAGAUGGCCAAAAUCUGAAGUACAAGCACUCAUAACAGUGCGAGCUGCUCUGAAUCAGAAGUUCAAUCAUAAGGGACCAAAAGGCUCUAUCUGGGAGGAAGUGGCUGCUGGAUUGGGUCGUAUGGGCUAUAAUCGGACUCCGAAAAAGUGCAAAGAGAAAUGGGAAAACAUCAAUAAGUAUUAUAGAAGAACAAUGGAUAAGGGGAAGGAGAGUGGUGGUAGAAGUACUCAAGCAUGGUCAUAUUUCAGUGAGUUGGAAAUGCUGUAUAAAAAUGGAUUCAUUUCAGGAAAUUCCCACGACGAGGAUCAGAAUACGAAGGAAAUGCACUAGGAUUUAAAAGCAGUAAUGGUUCGAAAAGCUUUUAAUAUAUGUAGUAUUAUUAUGACAUUCUCAUUGGUAUCAGAUUUUGUCGACCUAUGGACUUGUUAAAAGUAGAAGAAACGUUGGUUUAAUGGCAGAAGAAAAGAUGGUUUAAAUGGAGAGCAUUCAGUUUGGUGACACUGGCUUUAUGCAAUUUGAUGCUCAAAUACCCCCAUCAUAACGUAAUGGUAAAUUUGAAGUUUUCCAGUAGACCCGCAUACAUCUUUUUAACUUCUCUUG